ACCUUAUCAGUGAACGUGUUGAGCUUCCUGCUUAUCCGAGGAAUUUUCACUUGCCGUUGUUGGGGUGAUUUUGCUGUGGAACUGAACGUGAAAUUGGCGCUGAAAUUGCCACUGCGGUGGUGAAGCAUUGGUGUUGAGGUUAUAAUUCCUGGUUCACUGUCACUGGCCAGGACGUAAAAGAGGAACACACAAAAAACACAACGACCGCAUCUGGGUUGUCCAUUCCGCGCAUAGACACAUCACACAAAAACAGGAUGGUUUCCAGCAGUUUGGCCUCACGGCAAAUUUUGCUCGUCCUGGCCCUGCUGCUUUGUGUAGCCAAAUUAUCGUCCGGCCGACCACAAAACGCAAUCGACAGUCAGGAUGCCCCCGAGAUAAAUCUGAGCGAGUUGAAGAAAUUGUACAACACGUACGUACCGGAUCAGCUGGAUGACUACGGCUUGGAUCGGUUAAAGUUGCAGUUGCUGGCCCAAUACGCCCAAAGCAACGCAAUUGGUGGUGGAGGCGGAUGGGAUCAGCUGUACCGCGCCCCGGAGAUGAAGCGACAGAUUCGGUACCGUCAGUGUUAUUUCAACCCCAUCUCGUGCUUCAAGAAGUAAAAUGAUUCGUAGGGCUCCCAGUUUCACAUCGCCGUAGCUCUUACUGUUGCAAGUGUUACGAGCAAAAUGUAAUUAAUACCUAAGCAUAGAAUAGAGCAGACCACCCUACUUAAACACAAACCAACAUCAAGUGCGAAUCAGGUUAGGUAAGAGAGUCAGUGACCAAUAUAUCACCUUCAAUAUGUUCUUCUCCGGGGGACGACAAUGGUGAGCAACAAUAUCGUAUAGUUUAGCUAGUGGGUGCUACCCGGGAACUAAUUGCCAUUUCUCUUUGAAAAUGGGAAAUAUUGAGAGAUUUACUCCACUGGAAAUUGUUUGUAAAUGAUUGGAUAUAUAUACAUAUUUAAACAUGUCAUAAAAGAACCGAUUAUGUCAUACUACAAAACCGAUAAUUGUUGAAAUAAAUUCAGUAUGAUGACAAGUAAAAUAA